AUGGUUUAUCAAAUGAACAAUGCUCACCAUUCACUUGAUCCGUUGCUGCAAUUGAUCAAAACUUCACGGAUAGAGCUACUUUUGACGACAAUUUAUCACAAUUUGAAUAAGCGACUUGUCGCUUCGCAACAUAUCGACACUGACAAGUCUAUAUCGCUACUGCUUAGUUUUUUAUUAGGAACUUAUGACAAACAACAUACAGGACGGUUAACCGUAUUUUCGAUAAAAAUAGCUUUAGCGACAAUAUGUGCUGGAAAAUUAGUGGACAAAUUGAGGUGUGAGUAUAUUUUCAGAAAUAUGUUUUCGCAAAUCUCGGACUCAUCUGGAUUUUUAGAAUAUGACAAAUUUACGGAUUUCAUGCAGCAGGUGUUGGCCUUGACUACGGCCGUGUUCGAAGCGCCCACGUUUGGAUUUUCUGAAGCCGCUGUAACGCAGUGCUUUCUGAAGGUGCGAGACCAACGAGUGACGUUAAACAACUUCCUAGAUGUGUUCAUGUCCGAUCCAUGUCCUCCUUGUGUAAUGUGGUUACCGUUAUUGCACCGUAUGGCUUCAGUCGAACAUGUCUAUCAUCCCGUAGUCUGCGAUGCUUGCCAGGUCCGAUCAUUCACUGGCUUUCGCUACAAAUGCCAACGAUGCUCGAACUACCAGCUCUGCCAGAAUUGUUUCUGGCGCGGCCGCACCAGCCAGAGUCAUUCUAACGAACAUGAAAUGAAGGAAUACUCUAGUUAUGUGAGUGAAGAUUUUCCUACACCGUUCUCCUCUGUUCGCUCAAAUCUCCAUAAGUCUCCAACAAAACAACUGGCACAUUCCAUACACAAAUCGCUACAAUGCAUACCAACAACAAAUGCGAAGCAACCACCGUUAUUCGCCGAACGACCGCAACGACCGCUUGAACUACAGAAUAUUGUACCCGCCACGCCCUCGUCAUUGAGGUCGGUGAUGAUUCCAUAUCAUAUAGAAAGAGCUCCAAAAUUGCAAAUAUCGCUUCAUCGGUUCAUUAUUAAGCUCGAUUUAGCAAUCACAUCACAUUCUCCAAAUGCUCGAGACCUUCUCUGUUUCCGCAAAACGUGGCAGAGAUGUCUCCUGCUAGAAUAA